AUGAUUGAUCAUUCCUAACUGCCAAUAUAUGGUAUUUGCCUUGAUCCUGCUUGUCAUUCACUAAGACCAUAUUGUAAUUAGUGCAUUAAACAAUUACAUUCAAAACAUGUUGCAUCUUUAAUAUCAUUUGAAUAAAUUUAAUCAUGGAUUAAAAGCAGAAUAAAUUCUAUAUCAGAAAUAAAAAAAUUCAUCAAAUUGAGCUUAGACUUAAUUAAUAUUCUUGAAUUUGUUAAUAAUUUUUAAGAAAAGGAAAUCAAUUAAGAGAAUAUGGAAACAUUACGAAUAUCGUAAUUAAAUUUGCUUGCAAAUAAUUUAACAAAAAUAGAUCAUUUAUUAUAAUUCCCUAAUUGGAGUUAGACAAAUAAAUAACUUCUUGAAAUCUUUAAAUAUUGUCAAACCAUGAAAAAUAUUCAUUAUUUAGAAUUAAAUAAAGAUUAAGCUGAAAAUCAAAAUGCAUUGGAAUAAAAUAUCCCAGUAUAAGUUUAACCGGAAAAAAUUAAUGAUUAAGAACUUUUAAUUGAUAAAUUUUAAGAUUAAUUUCAAUAAUAAUAAUUAGGAUUAGAAAAGGAAGACUUUAAAUAGUAAGAGUUUCCUUAAGAAUUAGAAGUCGAAUUUUGGUCCGCUACUAGAUUUAUAAGAACUAAACUAUUAAUAAACUUAUAAAAUAAUAACGAAAUUCAAUAUAUUCUUGAUGGAUCCAUAAUAAGAAGGUAAUAAUAUAAAUAUUUAAAUUAAAAUAGCGAUUAAAUAAAAGAUACUUCUAUAAGGCCAGAAAUAUUAACUAACUUAGAGUAGAUUUAAUAUUUAUAAUGGAAAGGGGACUUUGGAAAUAAUAAUAAGAAGAUAGGAAAAUGGAUAGCUACAUGGAUGGGUAACACUUUGGAUGGUGUAGGAGGAUAAUACACCAAUGAUGGAAAAAAAAAUGGCAAGUGGAAAGAAUUAUUUUAGAAUUAUUGGAAGUUAGCUUAAUUUAAUAAUAUAAUAGGGAAGCUCAGGUGUAUGAAGAAGGUGUGUAUGAUAAUGAUUUAAGAAUAGGAAAUUGGAUAUAUAAUUAUUAGGAUAAAACAAUGUAAAAAUAUAUGUACUAAAUUAGUAAUGGUGGUAAAUAUAAUUAGAAAGGUGAGAAGGUUGGAUAAUGGACAGAAUUGAGUGGAAAAUUUUGGGAUAAAUCUUAAAUAAUUUAUAAUGGUGAAUAUUAAGAUGGAAAAAAAGUUGGUAGAUGGGUGAUACAGUAUGAAGGAGUAGAGAUGUAAUAUUAAAAUAUAAAAUAUAAGUGGUGGUGGAUAAUAUGAGGAUUAUCAUCCUUUAAAUAUGUUGUUUCAAGAAUAACCUUAUUAUUCAUUCUUGUAGGAAAGGUUCUAAGUUUAAUCAUUACCUUUUUCUGAAAACAUUAAAGCCAAUGAUGAUAAUGCGAAUUCGAAUAAAAAUGGGAAAUGGAUUGAAUUGAGCGAUGGAUUUUAUUGCAAUUCGUAAGUCACAUAUGAGGGACAAUAUAGGAAUGGUAAGAAGAUUGGUAGAUGGGAUAUUUGGUGGAAAAAAAAUUAUGAUGAUAAAAUAAAAGUUUAGAUGUAAUUAUUAUAAUCCUUUUUCAGUGGUGGUGGUUUAUAUGAUGAAGAAUAUUCUUUUAAGAUAGGAAAAUGGAUUGAAUAGAGUGAAAGAUUCUGGGAUAAUUCUUAAGUUAUUUUGAAGGGGGAAUAUAAAAAUGAUAAAAAAAUAGAUUUGUGGACUAUUGAAGCAUUUGGACAAUUAGUGUAAAAUUAUAUUAAUAUUUAAAAAUUUUAGUGGUGGUGGAU